UUGUCUCAAUCGACGUGUCAAUUUAAAAUGUCAAAAAAUAAACAAACUCGUAAGGUUGAUUAAAUUACUAAUUGCAAUGUCGUUAGAUAAGUCCAAGUUUGAAUCAAUGCAGAGAGAUAUUCAAAAUGAGCUCGAGAAGCUUAAACUGGAAGAGGAAACCCUAUUCCAAGAUCUCGGUAACAUGCUAAACCAAAGACUCUUCCUCGACAGUAAAGUAAAAGGACUGGCGAAACUCCUCCCUACACUAAAAGUUGUGAAACACGAAGCCCAAGACUUAGUAAGCACUAUUAACGAUAUCUCAGAAUCAUCAGAGAAAAUCAGCGGAAAAAUAAGAUCGCUGGAUGCUGCUAGAAGUCACGUGAAUGAAUGUCAACAACGCGUUAGUGACCUUAUUGACUUAGAAAUCUGUUCACAAGGAGUACAAACGGCAAUUUUGGACUCAGAUUAUGAGAAAGGGGCGGCACACGUGCACAGAUUCCUCUCCAUUGAUCAGUCAUUAUUGCACAGAACCGCCACCGACAUGGAAAAUUUAUCGGGCAUGCAGAAGUCAGUGCGGACUCUACAGGAUGCAGCAAGUCAGUUGCAGGCAAUUGUCGAACAUAAAUUCAAUGAAGCCGUUAAUUGCGAGGAUCUAGUUUCAAUUGAGAGGUUUUUCAAAAUAUUUCCGUUGUUGGGGAUGCAUGAAGAGGGAAUUAAAGCGUUGUGUACAUACCUCAGGACAAAGGUGGCUGCAACUGCUGAAAAAAAUUUAAAAUCUGCCAUCACCACCCCUCUUUCUGAUAAACGUCACAGUGUGAUUUAUGCAGACACUUUGACUUUGCUUUUUGAAGGUUUGGCACGGGUUGUGGACACCCAUCAGCCCCUGAUAGAGACGUAUUACGGUCCUGGGAGGCUUCUUUGCGCCAUUAAUAUUUUGCAGAAAGAGUGUGACAUUCAAAUGAAACGAGUAUUAACAGAGUGGACCAGAACUAGACAAAUCAAUAAAAAAAUUCAAAUUAUUACAGACUUGUCGCGAAUGAGUUCUAGUUCCAGUUUUAGCAAACUUGAGAAAAUUGAUCCCAAAGAUUUGGAUAUAUUGAUUGGAGAAAUCACGCUAAUGCACUUCAGGACUGAGCUAUAUUUCAGGUUUAUUCAGCGCAAAGUUGUGUCAGAUUUGGAAGUCGGAGUUCAAGACCCAGACGAAAAAACCAAAGUACUCAAAUCGUUAGAAAAUUUGAUUAAAAACAGCGACCUCACGCACUCAAAACAUGAACUAUUGUUACAUUACCUGAAACUUGAACAAUACUUCAUGGAGGAGUCAGUGGCUAAAGCUGUCAGCAUGGACAGCGUAGAGCCAUCUCAACAAACCUCAAGCAUGGUGGACGACACCUUCUUCAUCGUCAAAAAAUGCAUACGGCGGUCCAUAUCAACGGGGAGUUUGGACGGGAUCUGCGCCAUAAUAAAUAAUGCUUGUCGCGUCCUCGAAAACGACUUUUGUGACGUCCUCCGAGCGCGUCUGCGUCAGGGUUAUCCCUCAGGCUAUCUGGACUUAACUCAAGCUUACAACGUCUUGCAAACUUCGAUCCAACAAGGGCGACUUCAAGCUAGUGAUACCGAGCAAACGAGGACCGCUUUCUUGGUGGCUUUAAACAACGCGGACAGUAGUACGGAAUACGUGGACGCUCUAUGCGACAGCGUGUUAAAAGAAAUCGAGCAGGCUCUCCCCGCUAUGAACAACAACGAGCGCGGCAAACUCGAAAGUUGUCUCUCAGGACUGUCUUCAGUCACCACAAACCUGAAAGAAAUCAUCGAGUACGGAAUCCAGCAGUUGCGCGUUAGCGCAAUUAAGCCGCGAAUCAAUCCUUGGGUGGACAAUUUCACGAGUAUCAACCACCAAUUGACUGAGGAUGAGUUAUCGGCGUACGAAGCUGGCGAAUCUUUCGUCCAGACUUUAAUAAUGAACCUUGAAACCCUCUUGUCAUUAUUUAAAGAUGUCCUAACGACUGCCAAUUAUGACGCUUUUAUAGCGGUAUUAACGACCGAAGUUACGCAGAGAUUGGAAAAAGUAAUCAUGAAGUCUUCUUUUAACAGGCUGGGAGGUUUGGUACUGGACAAAGAAGUGCGUUCGUUGGCGGGUUACAUCACCGCGACCACUUCAUGGUCGGUUAGGGAUAAGUUUGCGAGAUUGACGCAGAUCGCCACGGUGUUAAACCUGGAACAAGUGGCGGAGUUUUAUGAUUAUUGGGGCGACCAUGAUGGGGCGUUGACGUGGAGGUUGACCCCGUCGGAAGUGAGGACGAUUAUGGCGCUGAGGUCGGACUUCAAAGUCGAGGAAAUAAAAAGGCUGAAGCUGUAAUUUAGCGACAAAUAAAACUACGUGUGUUAAC